CUGCUGCGACUGUAUUGCCUGCUGUUGUGAGCUGUGCUUCUGUACUGCUGCUGCUGCUGUUGCUGCUGCUGCUGCUGCUCGCCAAGCGUGGUGUGCACACCAGGCAGUUGUGCUUUUCAUACAUUAUAGUGCAGUGGUGUGUAGUGGAAAAAUGGCCGGCGUCAGCGAUUACUUUAGCAUUGGGAGUACCGUGUCGUGCAAAACCUGUUAUGACAAGGAAAUCGAAGGCGAGGUCCUGGCUUUCGAUCAGCAGACCAAGAUGUUGAUACUGAAAUGUCCAUCAUCAAUCAAUCAACCAAAUUUGAAUGAUGUUCACAUAGUAAACUUAUCCCUGGUCAGUGAUGUCCAGGUGAAACAUGAAGCUACUUCCCCGCCAACAAAUGAACAACCAAUGAGUCUUAAUCUUCAGAGGCUAAAUACCAGAGUACGCAACCAGAUAGAUGAAAAGAAGAGAAUGGUUAAAGCUUUACAAGCUGGAGUAUCGCCUGAUGGACAAAAACUCUACAUCGCUAUUUCCAAAACAAUCAAUGAAAUCACAUGGCAAGGUCCCAAUAUUGUGGUAUGGGACAAAGUCACCAUAAUUCCACCUUACAAAAUUGAAAAUGUUCAAGGAAAUUCCAAUGAUAAAGCAUUUACCCACAUUAAGAAAGUGGUUGAAAAACACAUGAGAGACACAGCAGCGGAAGAAACUCAGACAAAAGAACAACCUUCACAAUCGCAGCAAACACAAAAAGGAAGCAGCACGCAAUAGGAAAUAAAAGAUACGCAAAAAACAGAGCCGACAUGUUUUUUGAAGCGUAAUAAUGAUCAGAGAAUUGUAGAAAAUGGAGAAUUAUUUCAACCACUAAAUAUUAGAGUCAGAACAAUCAUUUGAACAAAGAAAGAAACUUUCAUAAUGAGCCUAUUGAAUGAUUAUCAUUGCUACAUUAUAAUCAACUUUGAAGAACACAACCACACGCACAAGAUCAGAUUAUAAUACUGAAUAGAAUGGUCAUGAAUUCGAAGAAUAUUUCUACCUACGAUAAUUUGAGUUCUACUUAAUAGAUCCAUUACCACAAUUCUGGACAGGUCGGCUAUAAAUGAUCAUUUGCGUGUAUAAGUGCUGAAGCAGGCGUGUUUGCUAGUUUUAGUUGUACAUUGUUACGAAAAAAUGCGUAUAGUAGUUGUUUAAAAGAUCAUACAGCAUUCAGGCUUUGAAGAUAAUGAAACGACGAUCUUUUUGAUAAUAAUGUAUGAAAGAUAAAGGUGAGUUUUUAUCAAAACAUUGUCAAACUGCCUGAAUGACUGAGCGACGUUUCACGCUGAAACUCGUCGAAUUGCUUCGUUUACCAAAUUCAAUAGGAAAUUUAUUAUGCAACGGAGAUAUUGUUUGAUAGAACCUGUGCUCUUGAUGUAAAAUGAGCGAGUGUAUCAAACCAUUGGACUUAUCCACGUUUGUGUUCAGGCAUAGGACGCAUUUUAUAUAUUAAAAAAACACUGUUCAUGAAUUGUGAGAGUUGAAACAGUCCUCGCGCAGGCAGAUUCAGCAGUAUUCAAAUGUGCUACAUACCCCUGCUUCAGUCUACGCAAGGAUACUUGUAUAACAAUGUCAUUCAGUGAAACAACAUUAAUUAAUUUAUGUACAUUAGAAGAUUUCUCAUGAAGACAACAUCAAAUUAAAAAUGGAACCACGUUCUGUUUGCUUAUUGUUGGAGCAAAUGCGUCCCGGGCCUAGCAUCACUUUUUUGAACUUUAAUUAUAAAAAAAAAAAGAUAAAAUUAUGUUUAUUAAAAAGAGAAAGAGAGUUAAACACAAAACAAAUGAACAACUAUUAUGGAAAAUGCAGAAAAAAAAUAGACGAAAAUGUAAUAUAAAUUCCAUAAACCUCGAUUAAAACUUU